UACUCCAACACCAUGUGACAUUCUCAGCUAGCUACGCAGAGCAUGCAGACGAAACGUAAAGAACUCGCGUUUAUUUUCCACAAUCCUUGCAAAUAAACGGGGGGAAAUGGCAGAAAUAGUGGUGGAGAACUUUAUCGGAGGCGAGUUUUUGAGGACCGAGUCGUACCUGGACAGCUACGAUCCGUCCACUGGGGAGGUUUGGGCCAGAAUUCCGGACAGCGGGGAGGCAGAAAUCGAGCGGGCAGUGCAGGCCGCCAAGUCGGCAUUCCCAGGAUGGUCGUCCACACCAGCCGAGGAGCGUUCCCGCAUCAUGCAACGCAUCGCCGACAUCGUGGAGUCGCGUCUGCAGGAGUUUGCUGAGGCCGAGUCACGUGACCAGGGCAAGCCGGUCUCAUUGGCUACCCGGGUGGACAUACCCAGGCUCAUGCACAACUUCCGUUUCUUCUCGACAUCAAUACUCCACAUGACAAACAGUUCAACACUCCUUGACAAAGCCGGUGCCGUCAACUACACGACGCAAACUCCAGUGGGCGUGGCCGGACUCAUCAGCCCCUGGAACUUGCCAGUGUACCUCCUGAGCUUCAAGAUCGCCCCCUGCAUCGCCUUCGGCAACACUUGCAUCUGUAAGCCCAGCGAGAUGACAUCUGUUACUGCUUGGAUGCUGGCGAAGGUGUUCAACGACGCAGGUGUCCCUCCGGGUGUAAUCAACAUAGUUUUCGGCACGGGCCCCCGGGCCGGCCAGGCCCUGGUCAAGCACCCGGACGUUCCCCUGAUAUCGUUUACCGGUGGCACGGCUACCGCUGAGCACAUCAUCAAGACCAGCGCGCCGUUCUGCAAGAAGCUUUCAUUGGAGCUUGGGGGUAAGAAUCCCGGUGUCGUCUUUGAGGAUGCGGACUUUGAGAACUGUGUACAGACCUGCGUACGAUCCAGCUUCGCCAACCAGGGCGAGAUCUGCCUCUGCACCAGCCGAAUCUUUGUCCAGGACACCAUCUUUGACAAGUUUGUGGAGCGCUUUGUCCAAGAAACGAGGAAGUUAAAAGUAGGCCCACCGCAGGAAGCCAGCAGCAACCUGGGAGCCCUGAUCAGCAAGGAGCACCUGCAGAAGGUCAAAGGUUACGUAGCCAUCGCCAGCCAAGAUGGCGGCACAGUGCUGUGCGGACAGGAAAAGGAGACGUUAGAGCUUCCAGAGAAAAACAAAAAUGGUUACUUUAUGAGGCCAACGGUCAUCGUCAAUGUUCCCGACGACACUCGCAGUAUGCAGGAAGAAAUCUUUGGCCCAGUCACUUGCAUCAACAGCUUCAAGUCAGAGGAGGAGGCGAUCCAGAGAGCCAAUAACGUCAAGUUCGGACUGUCCGCUUGCCUGUGGACACAGGACGUUAGCCGGGCGCACCGAGUGGGCCAAAAACUGCAGGCUGGUACUGUCUGGACGAACUGCUGGCUUGUCCGUGACCUGAACUUGCCCUUUGGUGGAACGAAGGCCUCUGGAAUCGGCCGUGAGGGCGCCACCUCUUCAAGGGAGUUCUUCACUGAAGAGAAGACCAUUUGCAUCAAGCUUUAAGGUUUGUUAAGGGGUGUGUCCUUGUCAAAGAAGGGCGUGGCUUUAUCAAAAAGGGUAUGGCAAGGGGUGUGUCCUUGUCAAAGAAGGGCGUGGCUUUAUCAAAAAGGGUAUGGCUUUGUCAGAAGGGGCGCGGCUUUGUCAAAAAGGGUGUGGCUUUGUCAAAAAAGGUGUGGCUUUGUCAAACAGGGCGUGGCUUUGUCAGAAAGGGCGGGGCUUUGUAUAAAACAGAAGGGUAAGACUGGUACAAAAAAAAGGUGUGGCUUGUCUCAUCCAGAAAAGGAGGAAAGGUGUGGCCUUGUCCAAGCUCGGAUUGGCCUUGCCCAAAAAUGGUAUGGCUGUUUUUUUUUUAAAGGGCGUGGUGUUGUGUAAAAAAGGUGUGGCCUGUGCCAAAAAGGGCGUUGCCGAACACGGUUUUACUGUGAAGUUUUUGUUCUCUUGUUACGGGUGGACGCAUGUUCGAUUACGAGUUAACUUGCCAUUUUGAAUGAAGCUUGGAGAACUUGUAAAACAGCUGCAACAAUUAAAAAUUGGCUUUUAUAAAAAUAUGUAAAAUGGUAUAUUUUUGCUUGAAUUUUUUUUUCUAUAUGGUAGAAAGGGCACCUGAAAGCCAGUUAUGUUUUUAUUUUCAAAGAAAAGACGGUGGAUAUAUGUCGGCAACCGUGAGGUUUUUCGUUGUCUUCCUUCUAAUUGUUUUUGGCGCUGAAAUAAUGCUAUGAAUGAAGAUAUAAUAUUAUGCUUUCUUUUUUAUAUUUCUAUCAAUGAAUAUUCUCUCCAGCAGCAUACUCCGAAAAUGUUGAUUUACAGUAAACUAAAUCUUUAUUUUCUAUGCAAUAUAUUGUUUAUUUGUUUGUUUUAUUUUUAAUCAGUUUGCGUUUCCUGCAGGCAAUUUUUUUUUUUUAUUUCAGUUUGUGUUCGGAUAUGUAUUCAGUUUCAUUAAUUUGAUGGUUUUUAUAUACUUUGCAUUCAUAUUAUAGGCUGCGCUGAUGAACAAUCUAUUCUCUACACUAUUUUUUUUUGCCAUAUAUUAUCCCAAAAAAUAUCUGCGUGCGAUGACCAUAAUAUCUAUAGAAAGCGACCAUAAUAUCUAUUUUCUGUAUAUGAUUUGUGAUUUAUUUUCUGUUUAUUUUCUACAUCAGAGUUUAUUUCUUUAACUGCAUGCAGUUUUUUUAUGUUUGGUUUGUGCUUGUACAAUACUUCCAUUGUUUCAUAAAGUUUGUUGAUUAUUCGUCACUCUGAA